CCCUGUGAGUUGAUGGAAUCGACCGGAAAGAAAAAGACGAUCCUGGCUUGUGAUUGGUCGUAAGUUCCCCGCGAAAACUACGUCACUCGCAGUUUCGCGCCAGAUCUGCAGCUCUCGUACGUACACGCACAAGAAGAGACCAUCCAGCAACAAUGUCUUCCCCAACAUCGACUCCCGGUGGCCGCAAGCGAGGAAGGACCACCAACCCGUCCACCCCCAGCAGCGAGGGCCCCACCUCCCCUCUCUCUCAGCGGCGCAGGGGCCUGGACUCCUCCGCCGGGGACCUGAUGCCGAUGCCCACCUCCCCGCCCACCGACAUGCUCAGUCCAGCGGCGCCUCAGGACAACUCUCUGUUCUCCAGCCCCCGGCCCUCAGUCCCGCCCAAUGAGGUGGACAUGAGCUCCCCUCUGAUGUACGGGACCCCCAGCUCCAGGGUUGAAGGGACCCCUCGCAGUGGAGUGCGUGGCACCCCAGCCAGACAGCGUCCUGAUCUGGGAUCAGUCAGCAAGGCUCCACAAGUCGACCUUCAGUAUGAGCCGCAGCCGAAUGCUGACGGUGCCGUCGGCAGCGAGCCCAACGCAGGGCAGAGGCUCGUGAUCUGGGGGACGGACGUCAACGUUGGGACCUGCAAGGAGAAGUUUCAGAGGUUCCUGCAGAGGUUCAUCGACCCAUCCUCCACUGAAGAUGAGAACGCUGGGUUGGACCUGAACGAGCCCUUGUACAUGCAGAAGCUGGAAGAGAUCAGUGUUGUCGGGGAUCCGGUUCUCAAUGUGAAUUGUCUGCAUGUGCAGUCCUUUGAUGCCGAACUUUACAGGCAGCUCAUCUGCUACCCACAGGAAGUCAUCCCGACCUUCGACAUGGCAGUCAACGAGCUUUUCUUUGAGCGUUUCCCAGACUCCAUCCUAGAGUACCAGAUCCAAGUCCGCCCCUACAACGCCCUGAAAACCAGAAACAUGAGGAACCUGAACCCAGAAGACAUCGAUCAGCUGAUCACCAUCAGCGGCAUGGUGAUCCGCACCUCGCAGCUCAUCCCCGAGAUGCAGGAGGCGUUCUUCCAGUGCCAGGUGUGCGCCUUCAGCACCCGCGUGGAGGUGGACCGCGGGCGCAUCGCCGAGCCGGCCGUGUGCCGCCACUGCAACACCACCCACAGCCUGGCGCUGGUCCACAACCGCUCGCUCUUCUCAGACAAGCAGAUGAUUAAAAUUCAAGAGUCCCCCGACGACAUGCCGGCCGGUCAGACGCCUCACACGACGGUCGUCUACGCCCACAACGACCUCGUCGACAAGGUGCAGCCGGGAGACCGCAUCAACAUCACCGGUGUGUUCAGGGCGGUCCCCAUGCGCGCCAACCCUCGCCAGAGCAACGUGAAGUCGGUGUACAAGACCCACAUCGACGUCAUCCACUUCCGCAAGACGGACGAGAAGCGGCUGCACGGCCUGGACGACGCCGAGCAGAAGCUCUUCACCGAGGAGCGCGUCCAGACGCUGAAGGAGCUGGCGGCCAAGCCCGACGUCUACGAGCGCCUCGCCGCCGCCCUCGCGCCCAGCAUCUACGAGCACGAGGACAUCAAGAAGGGCAUUCUGCUGCAGCUGUUCGGCGGCACCCGCAAGGACUUCAGCAAGACGGGCCGGGGGCACUUCCGCGCCGACCUCAACAUCCUGCUGUGCGGCGACCCCGGCACCAGUAAGUCCCAGCUGCUGCGGUACGUCUUCAACCUGGUGCCGCGGGGCCAGUACACGUCGGGCAAGGGCUCCAGCGCCGUGGGCCUCACCGCCUACGUGAUGAAGGACCCCGAGACCCGGCAGCUGGUGCUGCAGACCGGCGCGCUGGUGCUGAGCGACAACGGCAUCUGCUGCAUCGACGAGUUCGACAAGAUGAGCGACAGCACGCGCUCGGUGCUGCACGAGGUCAUGGAGCAGCAGACGCUCUCCAUCGCCAAGGCUGGAAUUAUUUGCCAGCUGAACGCCCGGACCUCCGUGUUGGCCGCCGCUAACCCCAUCGAGUCUCAGUGGAACCCCAAAAAGACGACGAUCGAGAACAUCCAGCUGCCUCACACGCUGCUGUCCAGAUUCGACCUGAUCUUCCUGAUGCUGGAUCCUCAGGACGAGGCGUACGACCGCAGGCUGGCCCACCACCUGGUGUCGCUGUACUACAAGAGCGAGGAGCAGAUGGAGGAGGAGUACCUCGACAUGGCGAUGUUGAGGGACUACAUCGCGUACGCCCGGACGUACGUCACUCCCCGGCUGAGCGAGGAGGCCGGCCAGGCGCUCAUCGAGGCCUACGUGGACAUGAGGAAGAUCGGCAGCGGCCGCGGGAUGGUGUCCGCCUACCCCCGGCAGCUGGAGGCCCUGAUCCGCUUGUCCGAGGCCCACUCCAAGGUGCGCUUCUCCGACAAGGUGGAGACCAUCGACGUGGAGGAGGCCAAGCGGCUGCACCGCGAGGCUCUCAAACAGUCGGCCACUGACCCCAGGACGGGAUUCGUCGACAUCUCUAUUCUCACGACAGGUAUGAGUGCCACCGCACGCAAACGCAGGGAGGAGGUCGCCCAAGCCCUGAAGAAAGUGAUCCAGGCCAAAGGAAAGGCGCCUGCCAUGAAGUACUACCAGCUGCUUGACGACCUCAGAGGACAGUCGGAAACUGCGAUCACGAAGGAGAUGUUUGACGAGGCGCUCCGAGCCCUGUCCGACGAGGAUUACUUGACGGUUACUGGAAAGACUGUUCGGCUCCUCGCCUGAGGCGCAACCAUGCAAUUAUGUACAGUCGUUAAUUUUUAAAAUUAAGCCUAACCCUGUCGACCGUUUUGUUGUCGUGCUGUAAAAAUAUAUUGUAUACGUGAGCCACCAUCUGUGUUGCGGCUGUAUUAAAUGUUUGAAUAAAUCCUGUAGUUGAGAGACGACUUUCAGAUUAACCGCGACUCAUUCAAACUUUUUGUGUUCUGAUAUGAAAGAGAUAAAAGAAACUUUAAAAAGUACUGGCAAAUAAUAGAGCUAAUAUGUAAAUGUUCUUGUAUUCCAUUUGUUUACCUUUUCAAGUAAUGUUUGGGUAAAAAGCUCUUUGGUUCCAACUUGUACAAUGCCCUGACUGCGUUGACUGCUUAUUGAGAGGGGAAAUAAAAUGUUGCUCACUGAAAAUGC